AUGACGCAUGAAAACUCGAGCUAUACCUCUCUUGGGCUACCCCAGUACCAUGUUCCUGGAGGUGUCGAUGGCGCAUGGCCACACCAGCCGUCGUUCCCAUCACCCGGAGCGCCUAACGACGCAAAUGAGCCUCUGGACAUCCAGUUCAGCAGGCCAUUCUUCAGUGGACCACAACCCAGUCUUCCUCGUCGCAGAAGCAGAUACUUUCGCUCUCAUGGAUCCGUCGGCCGGCCUGUUUCGAUCCCCACCGUGCCCACACCGAGCAGCAGCAUGGAUCCCCUUCAGAGAUGGCGAGACAGCCCUCCGGAAACUGAACCGGCAUCUCUCUCAGCCAUCGCCGACGCCUUGCAGAGGAGUCCGGUACAGCAAGACACUAGAUCGAGAAGUUUAGGAAGAACGCCCGCCUCGAGUGUCAGCCUCAACAGUUGGACGACUUGUUCGUCGAGUUCAGUCUCGUCAAGCAGGUCUUCGAAAUCCAACAGCUUCCUGGGCCCGGUAUCGUCCUCCAUAGGGAGAGUCAGGAAGACUCGCAGAAACAAACCAGGCGCAAAUGACCUGCGGAGGUUUCCGUGUACAUUCUGUUGCGAUGCCUUCAAAACCAAGUACGAUUGGACUCGUCACGAAAAGUCACUUCAUUUAGACCUCGACCAGUGGGUUUGCGCCCCAGAUGGAGGGUCGAUUGUGCUCCCCACGACCGGAAGAAACCACUGCGCCUAUUGCAACAUGCUGGAUCCAACGGAUGAUCAUCUUGGCAGCCACAACCACCAUGCUUGCCAUGCUGGCCAGGAACCGCGAGCUUUUCGUCGAAAGGAUCACCUUGUCCAACAUCUCCGCGUCUUUCACCGGCUUGAGGCUCUGCCUAUUAUUGAUCACUGGAAGAUUGAACCCCCUGCAAUUGUCUCGAGAUGUGGAUUUUGUGACGAGAAGCUAACAACGUGGCAAAUUCGUGCCGAUCAUCUCUCAGACCAUUUCCGAAAGGGCCUGACCAUGAGGGAUUGGAAAGGAGGAAACGGAUUUGAUCCAUUUGUGGCCGCUCAGGUCAGGAACGCAAUACCGCCAUACACCUUGGCAGCCGAAGCCAAGACGCUGGUCCCGUUUUCUGCCACAGACCCGAGAACAACGGAUCAUUUGUCUCAAAUCUUGGAGAAGCAUGCAUUGACUAAUGCCAGUCAAUCAGAAGAUGCGGAAGGGGAAAGUGCAGGACUACCCCUUCUAGAAUUAAGUCCAACAACCUACGCCAGUUUUCUGGCCUUGCACCUCGGACGGUUUGCUCAGCGGAACAUCUCGCAGGGCAUCUUCCCAGACGAUCAAAUGUUUCAGGACGAAGCCAGGAGACUGGUUUAUGGAAGUGCAGAUGGCUGGGAACAUACAAUUGCGGACAAUAACGAAUGGAUGUCUGCUUUUCGGACGCAACAUGAAAUACCAGAAUGA